AUGGACGAGGAUAUGGAGCACGUCAACGACAGCAGCUCCACAUUGUCCAGUAGCAUCUCUUCUACCGCUAGUAUACCCGCUGCGCCCAUCAAAGCCGCUCCGUGGGGAUCGACGCCUAAUGUACGUCAAGCAGAAGAUGCCCAGCUCUCGCAGCUCGGUAACAAAGACAAAGAGAAAUCUGAGCGUGAUGGCUCGCCAGUCUCUAUACCCAUAGUAAAUCGCUCGCGGGAUCCUUCCGUCAGUUCCUCCGCUACCGUCGUCGCACAUCUCCUUCCGAACAACGGUAGCAGUAUGACGCCACCAGGCUCUCCAACGCGUCAGAAAGCUAUGAAUGGCCCUACCACUAGACCUACACUGUCUGGCGUGCGCUCGCUCAGUUCGAGCACACAGCCACCGCCUAAAGCGGGUAAGAGCAAGGAUGAUUUUGUUUGGGGAGAUAUUAUCGGCGAGGGUAGCUUUUCUACUGUCACCUUGGCAUGGGAUAAGCUACCGACGCACACAGUAUCAUCUCAGCCAUCUCAGCCAUCUUCUCAACCAUUACAACACUCUCAAAACCAUCAGUACCCUCAAUUAGCCACCUCUCCAGUUAAAAUGAACACUUCCAUACCCUCCUCGACAAGCUCAUCAAGUAGUAUGUCGUCCCAGUCGAUACCUCCGCCCAAACAAGCGCGGAUCUACGCUAUGAAGGAGCUCUCCCAGGCGCAUAUUGUAAAGGAGAACAAAAUCAAGUAUGUCACUAUCGAGAAACAUGCUCUGCAGAUCCUCAACACUGAUAUAUCUAAUGGAUCGUCGCAAUUGAGGGAAAAUUCGCAAGAAAAUAUUAAGAGCCCACAGCAACGCAAACCCAAGCGACAAAAGAAUGAAGGGAGCUCCGGGAUUAUUAGACUAUGGAUGACGUUCAGAGAGGGAGAUUCUCUCUUCUUUGCGUUGGAGUAUGCGCCUAAUGGCGAGCUGCUAUCGUGGAUCAAAAAGAUGGGCUCAUUUGACGAGAAGAGUGCAAAGUUUUACGCUGCACAGACACUCUCAGUUAUUGGGUUUAUGCAUGGCCGUGGUAUCAUACAUCGUGACAUCAAGCCAGAGAACAUCCUCCUCAACUCAGAUAUGGUGAUCAAAGUGACUGAUUUCGGUAGUGCAAAGAUACUUGAUCAGUCAGAUGCAGAUAUAAACGAUGAGCGUAGUAAAUCUUUCGUCGGUACCGCUGAAUACGUUUCACCGGAACUCCUCCGAGACAGGAGUGUUGGCAAAGAAUGUGAUUUUUGGGCACUCGGGUGUAUAAUUUACCAGAUGAUCACAGGUAAACCACCAUUCAAAGCGACGAAUGAAUAUUUGACAUUCCAGCUAAUAAUGAAGUUGGAUUACGUAUUCCCUGAUAACUUCCCACCAGUUGCACGUGAUCUGGUGGAAAAGUUGCUGGUGCUAGAUCCAGAAGAUAGACUAGGGAGUGGUGAGGACGGGAUAGAGGAUAUAAGAAAUCAUGAGUGGUUUAAAGAUGUUAACUUUCAGCAGAUCUGGAGUACGGAUCCGCCGUCAAUAGCGACUGGGAUGAACGAGCCUAGUCCACAGUCGAACAUACCAUCAGACGCAUAUUUCGAGCUUGGAUGGGAGGAGAGUGAUGAAGAUGAGUCUGAGCAGAUAAAGGAUGAGCAAGAGGAGCAACAACAGCAGCUUCGUGAUGAAGAAGACAACAAGCAGACGGAUGAAAAAACGACGUCCAGUCCCGGCUUCAGUAGUGAUAGUGACUAUCUUGCCCCGCUCACUCUCUCAUCAAUAGUCAAUGACGGCAAGGAAAUGUCGGAUGAACUCAAGUCGCAGCUAUACACCAUAUUAUUACCUUCAGAAAAGUUACAUCUCGCAUCACCCGUGCUUGUGCGCACACAACGCAAAUUCCUUAGCAGGACGAAGCGGCGCUGGUUGCUGUUGACGGAUCUGCCUCGGUUGCUGUGCGUUAAAGAAGACACGCUCAAGGUAAAGUUUGAGGUGGAUUUGGGUAUCGGUGAUAGCGAGGAGCGUGCACGGGUGCGACUGGCAGAGAAGAACAAGGUCAUUGUUAGCGCUGGUGGAAGAGAUGUCGAAUUUAGUUUCGAUGAGGGCAGAGAUGCGAGUGUGGGAGCUACUUGGUAUGCCAAGGUGAAGGACUUCCUCAAUAGUGAUAGCAAUUCGAAUAACAAUGCCGUAUGUAAUGGAGGCGAUACACAUACACAAAGUCGGUCAAGAUAG